UGGGCUUGCAGAUGGGGCCGAGUGUUGAGGUGUAUUAGCUGUCCUACAAGUCAGGCGGCCAAUGGGAAGGAGCGCGCUCAGUCAAGAGAGGGCGGCGCUAAGGAGAGCGCGCGCACUCCCUCCCUUUCCUUUCAAUCCGGCUGGAUCUUGUUGCAGUGCCGCUGGCGCUGCUGGGAUGUGGGGGGGGGGGGGGAAUCAGCAGGCAAGAGACAGUUUGUGCGCAGCAGUGAGAAUCCGACUCCCGUAGGCUGGAGUAAGAACUAGCAGUCGUCACCGCUCCGGUUGUAAGAACAAGCACCCGCACGGCCUGACGCUAAGGGCAAAAAAUAUAACGCACAAGAAAAGGCGAGGGCAGCUUACUCAGCCAUGCCGAAGAGAAAGGUGAAUCCUGCUGAAGAAGAGCCGAAGAGGCGGUCCGCACGAUUAUCGGCUAAACCUGCCAUUGCAAAAGUCGAGACAAAACCAAAAAAGCCCACUUCAAAGGUUAAAUCUGAGGAAAAGAGAGCUUCAACAAAAGGGAAAAAAGGACUGAAAGAGAAACAAACUGAAGAUAAUAACAAAAAAGAAAUAAAGGAUAGCUUGCCUGCAGAAAAUGGAGAAACAAAAAGUGAGGAGGACCCAGUAUCUGAUACACCAGGAGAAAAAGAAGAAAAAUCUGAGUAACAGUCUUUAAUCAGUGGUUCUCUCACCGCUGCCUUGUACAAUCCAGAGGAAUAUUUUUAUCAACUAUUUUUAAAUGCAAGUUUUUUUAGUGAUUUUAGCAAAUACAUUUUUAAAAUAGGAUCUUUCCCCAUAUCUCUUUUAAUGUAAUUGACUGUAUAUGCCUUGUUUUAAUGAAAUUAUAAUCAUGUACUGGUUAUAUGUUCUCUGUACAACCAGUAAUUAAAUGGAAUGUUAGAUGAAGGAAUAUUUUCAAUUUUUUACUACUUUACAGUGCAAUCUUCUGGAUGUCCAUUUAGAGGCACUUAAUUCAGUAAACAUACAUAGGAUUGUAGGUUUAACAUUCCAGAAGCCCAGGGUGGGCAAAUUACAAUAUAUCUUCUAUGUAGGACUUUUAUUUUAAUGAAUACAGGAUUGCUUCUUUAAAUUUCUAGCUCUUAAUUGAAAACAAUGCUUAAAUAUAUGCUAGUAGGAAAUAAGUUGCUUAUUCCUUCUGUAGAUUGAAAGAUAGUUCAAGAAACUUAUUAAGAGAAGCUUUACCUCAAGGAAAGUAAGUGGGGGGAAUUCACAGCUCUCAUCUUUGAUUCCUUGAUGGUUGAUCUCACUUUCUAGUUAAUCUAUGACAGAGUUAUUUUUUUGUAGUACAGCUGUAGUUUAUUUUUUCAAGUUUUCUAAUACAUUGUGAAAGAUUUGGGAUCUGGGUGUGUAGUGUGUGUGCUAUAUAAAUUUUCUGUUUAACGAUACGACUUGACAUGGCAGUAUUUGAGACACUGGUACCAUAUUUUUCAGAGUACAAGAUGCAUCUUUCCGCCGCUGCCCCAAAAAAAGUGGGUGAAAAUUUAGGUGCAUCUUAUAGACCGAAUAGGGAUGAAUACCAGUCCCCAAAAGCACUCUGCAGUGCUUCACACGGCCCAUUUUUGGGCUCCCAAGCCCUCUGCACAUUGCAUUUUUGCCUUCCCAUCCCCCAUAAGCACUCUGCAGGCCAAAAAUGGGCACGCUUUGGUGCAAACGCGCCAUGUGGAGCAUUGCAGAGUGCUUUUGGGGGCUGAGGGCGAAAACUCAACACACACAGGCUAACAACUAUUUUUUUCUUGUUUUCCUCCUGUAAAUUUAGGUGUGUCUUAUAGUUCGAAAAAUAUAGUACUUUUUGAAUUUGAAUGGGUUAUAAAAGAAAUUGCGAUAACAUGGAAUUUACAUUGAAUUAUUGAAAGAAAAAAUGAUAUGAAUACUUUAUGUGAUUCAUCCUAUGAUCUAAUAAAAUAUUUACAAUUUUACAGUUUCAACUUGAUUCUAAAUCAACUUUUAUGUAAUAGUUUACGAAAUUAAAUUAUGUCUUGUUUUAAUUCCAAUAAUUGGAGAGUUAUAUAGUAAUUGUUUUUCCCAAAGUCUGUAAAUUGCUACCAUUAAAGUUUAUUUCUGUUAA